AUGCAGAACGAGGUCAGUGAGUUCCUGGACCUGUAUGUGCUGCGGAAAUGCCCCGUAAGCAACCGCAUCAUUGCUGCCAAGGACCACGCGUCCAUCCAGAUGAAUGUCACCGAGGUUGACAGGGGCACAGGCCAGUUUAAUGGCCAGUUUAAAACCUAUGGCAUCUGCCGGGCCAUUCGCAGGAUGGGCGAGUCAGAUGAUUCUAUUCUCUGAUUGGCUAAGGCUGAUGGAAUUGUCUCAAAGAACUUUUGAGCAGAAGAAAUCG